AUGGCAAACUCAGUUGUGAUUUCUGAUCUGGAUUUUCUGGAUUAUUAUCUAGAUGGUAAUUACAGUGACGUGUACGGCACCUUUGACCCUAACAGUAUAGCAGCAGCAGCCUCACCUUGCGGAAUUAAUGUUACACCAGAUGUUUUCAAGUACCUAGUGGCAUUCAUCUACGGUCUCACAUGCCUUCUGAGCCUGGUGGGAAACUCCUUGGUGGUUCUGGUGAUUGCCUACAACAAAGGAAACCGUUCUGCCACAGAUGUGUAUCUUCUGAACCUCGCCAUUGCUGAUCUCCUCUUUGCACUUAGUUUGCCAUUCUGGGCUGUAGAUAGAGUGCAUGAAUGGAUCUUUGGUACUCCCAUGUGCAAAAUCCUGUCACUCCUGAGGGAAGUCAACUUCUACAGCGGCAUCCUCCUGCUGGCCUGUAUCAGCGUGGAUCGCUACCUGGCAAUCGUUUAUGCUACUCGGGCAGUCACUCAGAAGAGGAGCUGGGUCAAAUUUGUCUGCGUUGGCAUCUGGCUGUUCUCCUUCCUCUUCUCCCUUCCUGGGAUUAUCUUCCGUGUGGCUUACCUACCAUCCCAUUUCUACAAGUGUGUUUGCUAUGAAAAUAUUGAAGGGAAUCAGACACCUGAGAUUAGGGUGAAACUGAGAAUCCUGCCACAAACAUUUGGCUUCUUUCUUCCCUUGAUCAUCAUGCUUUUCUGCUAUGGUGUGACGGUACACAGACUCUACCAGACUAAUAACAGUCAAAGAAAGAAGGCCAUGAAAGUCAUCUUGGCUGUGAUGCUGGUCUUCCUGGUCUGUUGGCUGCCCUACAAUAUCUCUCUGCUUCUUGAUACGUUAAUGAGGUCUGGAGCUAUUGGUGAAACCUGUGACCUUCGCAACAGCAUUGAUGCAGCCCUUUCGGGUACGGAAAUCCUGGGAUUUGCUCACAGCUGCAUAAACCCUAUCAUAUAUGCCUUCAUAGGGCAGAAGUUCCGGAACAACUUCCUCAAGAUCCUGGUCACAAGAGGCAUCAUCAGCAAAGAAGCCUUGACUCGGUUUAGAAGGGGUUCCUCCUUCUCAUCGACCUCUGGCAUCACAUCUACAACUCUGUAA